AUGAAAAUUAUACUUAUAUGUGGCUAUAAGGAGGGCCAUUUUCUUCGAAGCCACCACAUUGCUCUUCCUGGCAAGAAAGAGAGAGAGAGAGGCAAGAAAGGGAGAGGCAAGAAAAAGAUAAGUCUUCACUCCACACUCACAUCUAUCCAGGGAUCCACAAUCAGGUUAUGUGGUAUUGCUGCUGUGUGCAGCAAUUCUGCCCAUCAAUCUGACGACAUGCUGCCAUGGGUACCUGCCCAUUUGCUUACUGGGGGUAGACGCACAGAUGACAGUCCUCUGCAUGAACAAGGAACAGGAACUGAAUCCAGCAGUCAGAAAGGAGAGCAACUGUUCUGUGACAGUGAAGAAGUGAUACACACUACAGAGGGUGUGGACUGGGAAGACAGAGAUGUUCCAGGAGCAUUGGUUGGAAAUGUGGUACACGCGCGGAUUACCAGUCCUCUGCGCCUGUUUGUUAAGCAACCUCCGGGUCCAAAGCCUGCAUAUACAGACAGCAUGGAAAACUUUUGGGAUUGGCUGGCCAACAUCACGGAGAUUCAGGAGCCACUGGCAAGAACUAAAAGACGGCCAAUAGUGAAAACAGGAAAAUUUAAGAAAAUGUUUGGCUGGGGUGACUUCCAUUCUAACAUUAAGACCGUUAAACUUAACCUGCUCAUCACAGGGAAAAUUGUCGAUCACGGAAAUGGAACGUUCAGUGUUUAUUUCCGACACAAUUCAACAGGCCUGGGCAAUGUUUCAGUGAGCUUGGUACCGCCUUCUAAAAUAGUGGAAUUUGAAGUAUCACCCCAGUCUACCUUGGAGACCAAGGAAUCCAAAGCUUUCAACUGCCGUAUUGAGUAUGAAAAAACAGAUCGGGCAAAGAAGACCGCUCUGUGCAAUUUCGACCCUUCCAAGAUCUGCUACCAGGAGCAGACACAGAGCCAUGUGUCCUGGUUAUGUUCCAAACCCUUUAAGGUGAUCUGCAUUUACAUUGCUUUUUACAGUGUUGAUUAUAAACUUGUGCAAAAGGUUUGUCCUGACUACAAUUACCAUAGUGAGACACCAUACCUUUCUUCUGGAUGA